UUAAAUGGCAUUUUAUCCGGUGCCUCUAAUAAUGUGGAGACCUUGGCUGAGGUAUGCUUGCCGAAUCUAACUCUUCUGCAUAUAUUUUAAAAAAAUCAUUGCAAUAUUUAAAAAAAAAUUGAGAUUUUUAAUUGGUGAUAGGUUACUUUAUCGGAUUUUUGACAAUUAGUUUGAUAGAAUCUAAAAACAAAUCUUUACCUUCGGUACAUUUCUUUAUAUCCAUCAAUGGCAACAAAAAUUGUAAAAUCUGUAUUUCGCAAUAAUCUUUUUCUGGGAAAUAUAGCGAUUAUAACAGGUGGUGGAACAGGAAUUGGAAAAUCGAUUGCCAAAGAGCUGUCAGUUCUUGGUUGUAAAGUUGUUAUUGCUUCAAGAAAGCUUGAAAUAUUGGAAGAAUGCGCUCGUGUUUUAAACUCAGAGCUUUGCGAAGAACUAGUUUUUCCAUUUUCAUGUAACAUAAGAAAAGAAGACGAGGUCAAAAAUUUGAUGCACUAUACUGUUUCAAAGUUUGGUAAAUUAGAUUUUCUUAUUAACAAUGGCGGAGGACAAUUUAUAUCACCAUUUUCAGAAAUCAAUACUAAGGGAUGGAAUGCUGUUGUUGAUACAAACCUAAAUGGAACAUAUUACUGUCUAAGAGAAGCAUAUCAUGCAUGGAUGGGAAAAAAUGGAGGAAGUAUUGUAAAUAUAGUUGUAUCAAAUUUUAAUGGAAUGCCUGGAAUGUCGCAUUCUGCUGCAGCUAGAGCUGGUAUCAUAAAUUUGACUCAAACUUUAGCAUUAGAAUGGGCUGAAAAUGGCAUACGAAUAAAUGCAAUUGCACCAGGUUGUAUUUAUUCUGAAUCUGCUGCAGCUAACUAUCAAAAUUAUCCUAACUUGUUUAAAGAUGUUGUCAAUCUUAUUCCACUUAAAAGGACUGGAACUGUAGAGGAGGUGUCAGCAUUAGUUUGUUUCCUUUUAUCACCUGCAGCUUCUUUUAUCACUGGCGAUAUUCUAAAAAUUGAUGGUGCUCAAAGUUUGCACAGGCAUAGCUUUUAUGAACCUAAAGAUCACACGAACAGUAAACCUUUCACUUGGCAAGGUGUUCCUUCUCAACCGUCAAAAUUGUAGUUGAUCAAAUAGUAAUAGAUAUUUAAAACACACUAAAUUUA